UUUGGAGGGAAGUUUUGUAUACACUGUAGUCGAAAAUAAUAGACAAAAGGUUGCCAUGAUAUCGAGGUCGUAGGUUUAAGAAAAACCGCAUUAAAUGAUUUGAUCGAGGUGCAUGGCAAUAUUGAACUGCUGAACGCUUAUGCCGAUUACCGUGUUGCAUUAUGCACACAUAAUACCCAAACGCAACUCCUUAGUUUCUGGGUUAGCCUGUUCGCUGCAGUCUUAUUACCUCGAUCGUGUUGCUGCAAGGAUGUAAAUACUGUAAUCCCACCGUGCAGACCCGAAUAAAGGAGAACCUUUUUAUGUUUUGAACGAAUGUGGCCAUGGAUCAGAAGAGAAGACUGGAAAGUCAGCUGUGUGCAGCAGUGAACAAGGGAGAACCUCGAUCUGUGCAGCUACUUCUCUCCCAGGGUGCAAUCCCUGACCUUGUGGGGAGUAAGGGGGUGGCUGCCAUACAUUUGGCUGUCGGCAAAGAAACUGAAAAGAACAUGCGUUGCUUGAAACUGCUACUGCAACACGGUGCUGAUCCGAAUGUUAGAUCAUCAGAGGGCCUAACUCCCCUUCAUGUCGCUGCAAUUUGGGGAUGCUAUCAAAAUCUGAAGUUGCUUUUGAUGAAUGGUGGGAACCCCAACAUUAAAGAUAACGAAGGAAAUACACCAGUGCGCCUUGCAGAACUGGAGGACAACAGAAGGUGUGCUCAGCUUUUACAGGAGUAUGUAUCCAGUUGUGCGGGCACGGGAGAGGAGGACCUGCCUCAAUUCAAAUACACGGUAUAUUCUGACUGCACAGACACAUCUUGCUUUCCUGACCGUGGCUACAGCUUCACGUCCCAGUCAUCUGUGAUAAGUGACCUUGGUGAAGUCCCUUUAAGCAGCACGAGGCGGUCUUCAUUUUUUAACCGUUCAAACAUAAAUGGAAGGACAUCUUGCAAAGCAUUCAUGUGUAACAGACUCUUGGAUGGAGACACUGAAAUGCAAGAUAAUCCGAACUCCAGCACCUUCUUACACUGGCCGUCUGAAGAGGCCUCCUUUUUAUCAAGCACACGGAUGUCCACAGCGGGACCCACAAUACCAUUUCCAAAGGGAAAUGAUGUGUUUGCUGAUAAGGAUGUGCUCUUGUCAGAAGGAGCUGUACUUAAUAUACCCACGGCGGAUGGACAAAUUGCUACUGCCAAAAUCAACUCGCCUCCCAGAUCUCUCUCCAGACGAGCAAACGGUAAAAGUGUCAGCUUCUGUGAUGUUGACGAAUAUUUUCCUGUUUUCACUCCUGAAUCUCCGAAAAAGAUGGCGGCUGUUGAGGAUACGCAGGGUGAUGGCAUCAUGUCUUUCAACCUUUCGGAGUAUUCUGGCUUUCUCGAUUCCGAACGUUUGGCAACAGUUCUCCCGCAGCAGGGCAUAGAUGUCACCUCACCAGACCAUGUCUUUGUUUUUUGCCGGGAAAGUAGUGAAAGUACAGGCGACGACUUGGAGAAAACAGUCAUCAGUCAGUGUGCUUCGGAAGACGAUGAUAAAAAGGGGGAUGAGGUUGUAAAUGAAGCUCUAGGGAACAUAGAAGAACAGCCGGAACAUCCAAGUAAGCCCAGCAGUAGCAGCGGAGGCAGCAGUAGCUAUGGUAGUUGUGAAAGUGACCAUUACGCCAGCGCGCUGGAUAUUUCCGUGCCCCCCAAACGGCUUUCUUUUUCUGACCAAACUACCAAACGCCCCGAAGAAGACGUCCCACAAGCUCAAAGUGAACCUCGAAUUGAUGUUUUUGAACUUGAUAAACUGAGCCCGACUGAGGAUAAUUAUCAAAGGACUAACGUGGUUAAGGCUCGCACUGAUCCUGAUGGAAUUACCUCAAGUGAGGAAAACUACCUGUUGGAAGACAUUCAAUCAGAUAACCCAUCAGAAGGCAAAGAACCGUUUACACCAAGUCCAUUCGUAACAGGCCGGACACAGUCGAGGCUUAGCCGCUGCUCACUUAGAAAUAGCAGAACCCCUGAGAGCCUCUUUCGCACUUCUUGCCUGUUUGAGGAGACGCUUCCUAAACCAGUGCGAACUCGGCACACAACUCCCAGAUCUCAGAAAAACAACUACAGUUCGCCACGUUCUCCAUGUUUCAUACCGUCCAAUUCAGAUAAUAGCACAGCACCAGAUUCGUUGUGCGGAGAUUAUCCAGGCACUCCGUCCAGCACCCUCGGAGCAGGUUCAUGUGUGAGAUCGAGCCAAGCUGAUACCCUCAUCCUUCCCAAAAGCAUCUGUAGCACAUUUGCUGAGUCACAGACUCUUUGUGACACUGUUAUCUUAGAGGAAAAUCACGAAUCCUCAAUGGAUUCCUACGAAAGAAAUCUUGCAGAGGUCAUCCAGGCCCUACAAGGACAAGAGGUUGGACUUUCUGAAGGUAAGGAUUUUUUGACAGAUGACGUGACAAGUACAGAUGAGGCAACAAAGAAGGCAAACGAUUUUCCCAAAGUACCUUGCCAACAGCAAGAUGACGUCUGGAUCACAGGGGACACUAGCUCGCAUACAGAAUCUGUCUCGUCUUCAUCCAGCUCCAGCUAUUUUUCCCCAAGGAAGUCAAGGGAAAGCUCAGAUCUUCCAUGCACGCCAGGUACCGGAUGCACUCCUCGAUACAGCAUGAGUCUGCUAUCGGCUCACCGCAAGUCACAGCACCUGGCCAACCUGUCUUACACUCCUGGGGGGCGUCCGCACAUUGAGAAUUCAGAUGAACCGGUGGAGUACCUUUACACUGAUACGGAGCAGGGUCACAAACUAAUUGAGGCCCACAUUCCACCGAGCGCUAACACCUCGCACAGCUCCAGCAUCAGUACCACGAGCAGUGAGGAGACCAUCCUCUAUGACUGGCGCUCCAUGCAGACCAAUACAGCAGACUGCAAAGAAAACCAGAAGCCACCAGAAGGCCCCAAUGACAAGAAGGCCAAUGAGGUUCAGUGUAAAUUGUUGCUGGAGACGGAAGGGAUGACGGAUAAGGAGCUCAGACGGAGGCUCAUAGAGGUGGGAGAAAGUCCAGGACCCAUUAGUCGUCGAACCAGGCCAGUCUACAUUCAAAGGCUGCGCCGCUUGUUGCAUGGGUCUAACUCGAAACCAUCACAGCACCAAGAUCAAGUAGAACAGCCACAAACAGGACGUGAAGGUUAUAGCGCAGAGCUGAAUUUGGCCCUGCGAACGUUCAAGCUGCCCGACUGUCAGGAGGAUGAGCAGGCCUUGUGCCAACAAUUUGAUCAACCAGAUCAGAACAGAAAAUGGAGAGAGGGCAAUAUCAAGUCCAGCUUCAAUUACCUGCUGCUCGAUCCAAGAGUGACCAAAAAUCUUCCGUGUCGUAGUCACGGCAUGACCCUACAGGACUGUUUCCAGACAUUUGUCAAUGCCGUUUUCUAUGUGGGCAAAGGAAAACGCUCACGCCCUUACAGUCAUCUUUACGAGGCCUUGGAGUACUACAAAGGCGAUAAGACUUCAAAGAAACUCUGCCCCAAAGUGCAGCAAAUACUUCAGAUAUGGAACGCCGAGCAGGGGGUCAUCUCACUGCAUUGCUUCCAGAACGUCAUUCCUGUGGAGGCCUACACAAGAGAGGCCUGCAUGGUAGAGGCCAUUGGAUUGAAGAUGCUCACCAACCUGAAGCGCGGAGAUUUCUAUGGUGUGGUGUCCAAUUGGCAGCUGAAGAAAAAGCGCGAGCUGGGUGUCCAUCUGCUCUACAGGGCCAUGCAGAUAUUCCUGGCUGAGGGUGAGCGACAGCUCAGACCAGCAGACAUAAGACAGUGAGGAAUGAAGAGAAAACAUCUUGAUACAAACUCAAACUCAACAAUUUGCGAUUGCGUUUCAUCCUGAUGGUUCCUGAACAAGAGCUGGAAUUACUUACAGUACGGUUACCGCUCUGCAGACUGCAGACCGGGAUUUGUGAUCAAGUGUGACUGCAAAAAUGUCAGGAAAAGCCUCCUCGAACAUCUGAAUUUUAUUUGGGGUUAAUUAGAAUUCCUUUUCUGUAAGUGGGGGCAGGUGUGGGCUGACUCACAUUUAACAUGACUUUGAAUGUAAUUGGUGAAACAUAGCCACAUUCCCAGUUAUUCAGAGGGUAUGUACACUUGUGCAACCACAUUAUCUCAGUUGUUUAUUCUUCCUCUCUGAGAAAAGUUUCAUUUCUUUCACGUGGGUGGUACAGUUUAUAGAUCACAUUCAUGGUGGGGAAAAAAUUAAGUUUUCAAAUGAGAUAUCUUUGUUCCAUUUAGUUUUAUGUCACAAACGUGGCAUUUGCACAGGAGUGUUGGUAGCUUUUUAAAAUCAUGUGUAUCAUAAUUUCCUCCCAGUGGGAUAGGUGUAGCAUUACUAUUGACACUUGCGUCUUUGUUAUUUCAUACUAAAGUAGUCACGAGGGUGGGGCAACAUUUCUCUCUUUCUCUUUUAGCAGGUGAGUAAAAUGGUUGUAAAAAAUAUCAAUUUUGUGAAAUUUGCUGAAAAUUACAAAUGUCAUUGUUUUAUGACAUCAAGGUUUGCAUCAACCAAUUGUUUUUCAUAAUAUUGAUUGAAAUUCAGAAUUCCAGCCUCAGGGGAAACAGAAAUGACAACCAUGGUCUAACUUUAAUGGUCAGACUGCCCAUAUUCGAUAUACAACCUCGGCCGUGAACACUUAUGUUUAGUACACUACCAUAUUUUAAUGUUGGUAUUUUUGGUGGUACUUGGGAGAGACAAGUCUUUUUUUCGGGGGCACUUGGGAUAAAAA